AAAUGCCAGGAUGAUUCCGCCCGGUAAUCGCCGCGGCGAUCCCGCGAAUCUUGGCUUCAAGUCAAGCAAUUCAACUGCCCAUUUAUUUCUAGGAGGCGUGCAACGAUCCUGGAUGCGUGGUGGUGCAGCAGCAGCUGCUGCUGCUACUGCUCCUCAAUCUCCCCACCUCUCUUCCACCACCUCGACAUCCCCUUCCAGUGCGUCUACGACCGAUUCAGCUGCUAGUACAGCGAGUGCUGCGACAAAGGGUACGGCUUCUACGGCAACGUCGGCUGCUUCGGGGCCCCCAGUUGGGAGUCCACGGCAGACGCGUGGGCGGGAAACGCCUCCUCGUGAGCCGCCCGUCGGCCUCACUACUACUACGGCCACCUCCACCUUCACCUCCACCGCCGCCUCAUCUUCGCCCUCUUCCUCCACCAUCACUUCCUCCGCCGCCGCCGCGAACCCUUCCCCUCUUCCUCCCCUCGGUCCGAUGGCUCAACCUGACCCUCUUCAGGCCAUCUCGGGGUCAGACGGGAGGAAUGAGAAGGAAGCUCAGCCGAGUCGCGGUGCCCCGAUUCUACCCCCGCUUCGCAGCAUCACCACCGCCAUCUCCUCUUCGACUCCAUUAAACUCAGCGACGCCGACCCCCGUGACUGCUAUCCCCCCGCGGACUUUUCAGCCCAACGCGCUUCCGUCCCCCGAUCCCACCCUUCCCCGUUCGCAUGCCAGCCCGGUCAGUGCCAUUGAUCGCCAUGGAGGAACGAUUGGACCGGUUGGACUUGGUUCCUCCCUAGCAGCUCUGCCUUCCCCUCCGACGAGAGAUACCCCGCCAGUGUCUAUAAUCAAUCGGCCACAGGAACCACUGUCCGGCGGAUUACCGACACCUGCAACAGUAGCCAAUACCGUCAUCCUGCCGGAACCAGUCCAAGGGGGCACCGUCACGCCCAGAGAUCAAUCGCAAACAGCUGGCAAUGCCGAAUCGCGACCACAACUGCCUGGACCUGGCGAUCCUUCGGCGCGUCCUCAAACGGGCUCCUGGAUAGGCAUACCAGCAUCGCACUUGUCUCAGGAUUUCCAGCAACCGCCUGUCAUACGACCGGUUCCUAUGUUGCCUAUAGACCGGACGCUGUGCAAACAGUGGCUGGAGAAGCUGGAAACUUUUGCGGCUGAAGCGACUCGCAACAAGAUAAUCUCUGAGGUCAUUGAGUCGCCGCGCGUUCGCCUGCUGCAGAGCGCCCUCCUGGACAAUGACCCCGUCUACCUGGCUCUGCACCAGAUGUAUUGCAUGGCAUCCUACUCUCCCUCAGAACUGCGCACAUUGCCAGGCUUCGGUCCGGAGCAGGAGAGAGGAUUUGCCGUGGUCAAGCAGCUUCUGGUGGAUAACCGCCGACUUUCCGGAGAUUUUCUGCUGUUCUGUGUGAAUUUCCCGGAACCAAUGCAACGAUUGCUAGCCCUUCCCUGGUGGCGGGAUGCUUUAACGCAGGUCAUGAAUUCCUUGGUCCUCCUCUCUCAAAGAUGGGACACUUUUGAGCAGAUUACGCGCAGGCGUGGUCUGCCGCCAUUAAUCGAGGAAAUCAUAAUGACUUUCGACAUCCGAUCACAUGUCACGCAGUACAACAUCUUCCUGGCACUGUAUCGUCGACUUCCUCUGCAGAACGGAGAGCACAAGCUCUUUGACAUCUUCAAUCGAGACGCCAAAUACACAGACGAGCGUUUGGACUCUCCCAAGCCAGUGUCGGCAUUGCGCGCCAAAAAGGAGAGAGACAUCAUUCUCUCCAUGUAUCACAAAGAACUCACAUCCACUCCCCAGGCAACCACUGCAAAUCAGCCUCACAUUCACUCGCAACCGGUGGGGUCCCCCCGAGGCGCACCCCCUCACCUCCCUCAGCAUCCAACAUCAGCUGUGCCCGGAUAUGAGCCAAGGAGGAGCUCUCACGUUCCGAUGCCUGGAAACGGACCCGUUCCUGCUCCAAUGGCAUAUCCCUCGCAGACAUACAACCCGCAUUCGCCUCGCAUGGUUCAGAUGCCUCACCACCAUCAACUAUAUCACCACCAUAAUCCUCCUUCGAUGAGUUACUCGCCACAAGUGGUGCCUUCGCAAGCGCAAACCAUUCACCCGAGCCCCGUAAAUACUCGUCCGCAAGGCCCAGUUCCCCCACAAACAAUGUUACUUCCCUCGCAAGUAGCGUCGCCACACCCUGCCGGCGCCAGCGUACCAACAGUAGUAGUCCCCUCAACAGCGGCUACUCCUGGUCCGUCCCCUCUUUCGCAUGCCCCUGCUUCCGCUCCUACUCUCGCCUCGCCUCCUACUCCAGCUUCGGCCUCGGCUUCGGCUCCGGCUCCGGCCCCUACACAACGACGACGUGGCCGCCCCUCACGCUCCGCGCAGGCGAACAACCAGACCCCGACGCAGUACAGGCUGAUGCCGCAGGCAAGCAUGCCAAAUCAGGGGGCCCCUCUUCCCUCUCCUUCGUCAAUGGUCACUCCGCUUUUGCCUCCGCCAGGUCCACUUCCGCCGUCAAACCCACGACCUCAUUCGCUGCGGGACGGACUGCAUCAGGCCCAUCUGCGUGGUCCUGUCAAUCGACUUGUCACUCACACUCCUGCCGGCCCGCAAGAGACCCCGCUCUAUCAAUACUUUGACUCCUUCGCCGCCAACCCAACUCUGCUGGGCCAGGGCCAGUGGGAUUGCCGCUUCGACUGGACGUUCAAUCUGACCAAGUCGGACGUUGAGCGACUUGCGAAGAUCGAUCAAAUUGGUGGUAAGAUGCAAGCUACCCGUUUCAUGACAAACGGCCAGCGAAUUUAUCGCCUGCGCUGUAUUCGAAUCAAUCCGUCAGCAAAGACUAUAGACGACCACAUCUGGUGCACUACCGAGACAUGCUGGCCCAGCGUGGUUUACAUCUUCGUCAACGAGGUGGAACUUUUCGCCCGGCGUCGGCAGCACAAUGGCAAAGAUAUACCCCUCGAAAUCACGGAGCAACUACGUGAGGGUCCCAAUACGGUCUCCAUGCACUUCCUUCGCAGCCCGGCCGAGAUGAGGGAUCAUCUAUAUUCUGCGGCCGUCGAGAUUCUCAAUAUCUCUGACCUGGUGUCGGCCUUGGAUGCGGCGCAGAUCCUUCCUGCAUCGGAAUCUCUGCAGCAAAUUCAAAAGCGGCUCACACCCAAUCCCGAUGAUGAAGUCAGCAUUGUGAGUGAAGACUUGGUCAUUGAUCUCGUCGACCCCUUCACUGCCCGCGUCUUCAACCGGCCUGUCCGCGGUCGCUUGUGCACUCAUCAAGAAUGCUUCGAUCAUGAGACCUACAUCACCACCCGUGCUUUGAAGUCAGGGCGACGUACCCUCCGAGAGGACUGGAAAUGCCCUAUCUGCAAACAAGACGCGCGCCCUCAGAUGCUCUUGGUUGAUGGGUUUCUCUUCAACAUUCGCGAAGAACUGUCUCAUACGGACCGGUUAGAGAACGCACGCUCGAUCCGCGUCAAAAGGGACGGAUCAUGGACAGUGAAGUCAGACACUGGUUCAUCCACAGAUCGGACCUCCGCGAGUGCCGCUGCUCCAACGUCUGUGCCCCCGAAGCGUAAAUCCAGUGAUUCAGCGGCGUCUAUGUCUCCUGCGUCGCAAAGGCCCAAAUGCGAGCGCACAACAUCCGACACUCUCAUCCGAUUUUCCGAACCAAAGGUGAUCGCAUUGGAUUAACGUGCGCCUGCAUGCUUGUCUUUGUGAUUCUAUGGAGGAAAACAAAAUUGCCUUUUUCUUCGUUCCAAAUUGAUACCAGCAUCAUUCCUUUCUUCCUACUUUUCUUUUUUCUUCUUUUUUCUUCUCAUGGUUCUUUGCCAUUUCCUUAACCAACUGCUGUUGAUUUUUCUUUCUCCACGACGCUACUUCCUAGCGUUGAGUCUUGUAUGAGAUACCCAAUUUUUUUCUUUUGCACGAUUUGUCCUAGAUAGUUGCCGGUCUUCGUCUUCAAAACCUCUUUGCUUGACUUUUCUGAUUUCUUUCAACAAGUUGUCAUGCCAUGGGAGGUUUGAUCUAGGGCGUUUGUUUGUACCUAGAGGCGGGGACCCGGUGUCUUGUUUUUAACUUCCCUUCUUCUUGUGCAUACUACUUUUUCAAAAGCAAUUCGGAAACCGAUGCUGGUUGUCG